AUGCUAGAUCUAGUGAUAUCACCCAGCCUGACUGUAAAUAGAGAGUGCCCUGACAGACUGAAGCUUAACCUUUCUAACAUUUAUGCCACGGCUCCAGAUGACAUAGAAGGCAGCAGCAAAGCAACACCACAGUGUCCUCUCCAUCUGUACUCCACAAAACAUUAUCCCCAUAUAGUGACAGUCCCAUCUUUCCCAACAAUGGCAACAUAUGGACAGACUCAGUACAGCACGGGAAUCCAGCAGGCUGCUGCAUACACUGCCUAUCCUCCUCCAGGGCAGCCCUAUGGCAUACCCUCCUACAGCAUCAAAACAGAGGACAGCCUGAGCCAUUCCCCAGGACAGAGUGGGUUUCUUAGCUACGGAUCCAGCUUCAGUACCCCGACUGCUGGGCAAGCACCAUACACGUACCAGAUGCACGGCACAGCAGGGAUUUACCAGGGAGCCAAUGGCCUGACAAAUUCUGCAGGAUUCAGUGCUGUGCAUCAGGAAUAUUCAUCAUAUCCAAGCUUUCCUCAAAGUCAGUACUCCCAGUAUUACAGCUCGUCCUACAACUCUCCGUAUGUGUCUGCAAACAGCAUCAGCCCCUCAGCCAUCCCAACCUCCACUUACUCUCUGCAGGAGUCUUCUCACAAUAUCACCAGUCAGAGCACAGAAUCACUAUCUGGAGAAUAUUCAACAACACCAGCAAAAGAUAUAGAAACAGACAGACAUCACAGAGGGUCAGACGGCAAGGUGCGAGCCCGGUCAAAAAGAGGCAACGAUCCUUCCCCUACUGCUGACAGUGAGAUUGAGCGUGUGUUUGUGUGGGAUUUGGAUGAGACGAUAAUUAUUUUUCACUCCUUACUCACGGGAACCUUUGCAUCCAGAUAUGGGAAGGACACUACAACGUCUGUGAGGAUAGGUCUUAUGAUGGAAGAAAUGAUCUUCAACCUUGCAGAUACACAUCUGUUCUUUAAUGACCUGGAGGACUGUGACCAGAUCCACAUAGAUGACGUAUCAUCAGAUGAUAACGGCCAGGAUCUAAGCACAUACAACUUCUCUGCAGAUGGCUUUCACAGUUCAACUGCCAGUGCCAAUCUGUGUCUGGGCUCAGGCGUCCAUGGGGGAGUUGACUGGAUGAGGAAAUUGGCAUUCCGCUACCGGCGGGUGAAGGAGAUGUACAACACCUACAAAAACAACGUCGGGGGGAAAGAGAGCUGUUUUGAGAGAAUAAUGCAGAGGUUUGGAAGGAAGGCGGUCUACAUUGUAAUAGGAGAUGGUGUUGAAGAGGAGCAAGGCGCAAAAAAGCACAACAUGCCCUUCUGGAGAAUCUCUUGUCACGCUGACCUGGAAGCUCUUCGGCACGCCUUGGAACUUGAAUAUUUGUAGCAGACCCCAACAUCUUAGCACUGGGAGGGCUCCACUCAGACUCUUACAUCGGUUCCACCUGUGCCUCGACAUUUGCUUAGUACAAAAAUCCCACAGCAACUGCAGUUUUUCUUUUUUUUGAAGGAGAACCCUUUCAGUGGAAGCCUUUGAGAACUUGCAGCCAAAGAACAUUGUAUCAAGUCCUUCUUCCUUUGGACAGAGGAAAAGCCUUGAGAUAGCUCGCUGGGGAUCCUGCAGUUACACGGCUAAGCCGGAGGCAUAGAGCUGUAACUGCCUUUUUGCCAUCAAACGACAAACACUACGAGUCUUGGGUCUACCUGGCAGUUUUCUUGCUUUCCAAGGGGGAAGAGGACUUAGGAAGAGUCUCUGCACAGUACAUCACAUCCCACAGGACCUUCUGAAGAUGAGAGUGAAGCUGUUGAUUUGGGUUUUUUAAUUUUUAUUCUUCUAAUUUAUGAACUAAUCUCAUUACUCUGGUAUUAAGCUCUGUACCUGUGUUUUU